AUGAGUGGCGAUGAUUCCAAGCAUUGCUUGGGCUGGUCCAAAGAUGACCUGAAACCUCAGUUAUUUCCUCACACCCGCGACGGUAAGGUUCAACUCUACAGCAGUCAACGGCGAUGGGUUCAGUUGGCUCAUGGUUGGUCAAGAAUUGGUGAAGGGGCAGAUGGAAAGAAAUCAAACGAGUUCAGCCAUCGUGUUUCUUCGUCCAGCAAAGGUAGUGCAAUUGUUGAAGACGCUGAUGGCGAAGCUAGGGCAGUACGUAGUUUAGUUGCUCAACUGUGUGAGCACUUUUACAAGAAUGGUUGGGCAACAGGUACCAGUGGAGGAGCUUGCAUACGUGUUGGUGGACCACAAGAAAAUCGUCCGUGGAGAGUGUUUGUUGCUCCGUCAGGAAUCCAGAAGGAAGACAUGGUUGGAGACGACGUCUUUGAACUAGACAUGGAUCGAAAUGUUGUCGUUCCACCCAGAAUUUCGACUUUGAAACAGUCAGCAUGUACUCCGCUUUGGUACUUGAUCUUCAAACAUCGCCCCUCCGUAAAAAGUAUUAUUCACACCCAUUCAAUCAAUGCGCAACUUGCCACUCUUCUUGAUCCUACCGAAUCUAGCAAGAGUUUGCGCAUUACACAUCUUGAGAUGGUGAAGGGAGUUGGUCAUCAUGCCUAUGACGAUGUCCUGGAAAUUCCCAUCAUUGAUAAUCGCCCGAGUGAAGAUAUGCUUGCUGACCAGUUUGAAGAAGUCUUGACAAACUUUCCGAAGGCAAAUGCUGUCUUGGUCAGACGUCACGGGGUUUUUGCGUGGGGAGAUUCUUGGGAACAAGCCAAGACGCAGUAUGAGUCGUUCGAUUACCUAUUUCAAUCAGCAGUGGAAAUGAAGAAAAUGGGUGUUAAUCCUUGGGAUAUUCCGUCACAAGGAACAUACCGAGUAGGUGAUGAGACAGAGCGCAUACCAAAACGCCAGAAGACAGAAUUUAACGGCGCUGAUAAGGAUGACAACUCAAACGAUUUGAGAUCCAACCCCACACCCAUUCUUCCGAGAGACGGAAAACACUUGCUACUGGACAUCGAAGGUUGCACUACCUCUAUCAGUUUCGUCUUGGAGACGUUGUUCCCUUUCGUUUCAAAGAACGUGAGCACUUACGUCGAGUCUUUGACCCAAUCAGAGCAAGAGGAAUUACUUGAGUCGUUGAAAAUCGACCUUGCGCCAGCUCAGCUUGCUCAGAUCGAUGAUGUGUCCUCGAUUAGUUCGAUUGUAAAAACGAUGGUGCGUCUUGACAUUAAGGCGGCUGGGCUCAAGACCAUGCAGGGCAAGAUGUGGAAAGCAGGGUAUGAGAAUGGGCAGCUUAAGGGUCAUGUUUACUCAGACGUGCCUCCUGCCCUCAAGUGGUUCCAAUCGCAUGGAGUAAAGGUCCAUAUUUACUCAUCCGGAUCUGUACAGGCCCAAGAACUUCUGUUUGGACACUCUUGUUUUGGAGAUUUGACGAGUCACUUCGCGACGCACUUUGACAUCACAACUAGUGGUAACAAAAAGAAAGCAAGAAGCUAUGGAAGUAUUGCUGCGCAUCUGGGUAUUUCACCUUCAGAGAUUGUUUUUUGUAGCGACUCUGAGGCAGAAUUGAAAGCAGCCAAAGAGGGCGGAAUUGGACACCCGAUCAUGACAGUCCGUGCAGGCAAUGCACCCAUUACUGCCGCCGGAAAGCAAGAGUUCCCUCAGAUCUUUUCACUUUUACAACUUUGUGGUGUUUGA